AUCAUUACCAAUCGCCUCGAACACGCGUGCUUGUCGAGAUGACUGAAUUGUAUGGUCUCCCAGACGAGCUCUUGCUCGCAGUCGUCAAUUGCCUGCGAGACGACACCAACAACAGAUACCGCGAUCUCAAUCGCCUCGCGUUGACUUGCCGCAAGUUACGACCUAUUGCGCAAGAAGUAUUCUACACAGAUAUCUCUACGAAUCCGACCCUGAAGCGAGGUCUCGCGCGUCUCGCGCGCACUCUUUUGCAGCGACCUGAUCUUGCGAACAGAGUGCGAAAACUAAGCAUCAAGCUCACCGAGGGGCCAAUCACGCAUUUUGAGAGCUGUGUAUCUUCGGGAUACUAUUAUGAAGAGGACGGGGAGGAGUGUACUUGCGAUGCUGCUCUCAUCAGGCUCAUCUUGUGUAUCACGCCGGUCCUCAGUAAUCUCACACUGGUAACCUGGGACUCACCGAUGUAUGAAACCCAUAACAACAUUGCUUGGGCCGAAGUCGAAGAAGUAUUCGAAGACAUUACCAGGCACAAGGACUUGGCAGAUUGUCUCCAGGGUCUCUCUAGCUUGACGCGGCUAUUCACAAAUGGUUAUCCACCAUGCAGCUGGCUAAGUUUACCACGGCUUGAAGCCGCGAGGAUCAACCUAUUCGAAGACGCUUACUAUGACAACACGAUGAUAUCACAUAUCGCACCUAGCACAACUGUUUCUACGACUUUGACCCGUCUGAUCAUCCAAGCGGACUUCGAAGCGCUCUACUCUUAUGAUGCCACUCAUAUGAAGGAUGUGUACGGUCACAUUAGAAGCAUUGUUAGCGGUCUUACACACUUAACCCACCUUUUCAUUCUGUACGACACUAUUGUCGACCCAUAUGGCGAGUUCCUUCCUCUAAACACUCCACGAGGAUCUUGCGCGCAUAUUGUCUCGCAUCUGGAGAGCCGCAGCCUGACAGAUCUGACACUGGACAUUGAGCCCGCGCUCAAGAAUCUAGUCAGGUACAUGACGUUGUAUGAGUAUAUUCACGAUACAACUCCGAUGACCACAUUUGCUGGAUUGACUAGAAUUGGCAAUCUUAAUGUUCCACAAGAAGCGUUCUUCUCUGCCAACGAGAAAUUCGGAACUUGUCAUCUACCUGCCACGAUCGAAAGCAUCAGUAUCAUGAAUUCGACGUAUGAGACAAAACGCUACCUCAAGCAUCUUCCGGAUCACCAAACAGAAUGGCCAAACUUGAAGAUCGUCAAGCUUGGGGAGGAUCCGUGUAACAAACAGUCCAGAUAUCCAGAAGAGAGCAAUGACGAUGACGCUAGCGAAAGCGACGAAGGAGAGCGGCGGAAAGUCUUCGGCGUUGAUAACUCAAUGUACGAACAGGCUCGGAGCCGUGGCUUGCGAGUGGAGAAGGUACAGGAUAGAGUGGCAUGGAAGAAGUGAUGGGAAGGUCUGAAUCUUUGAAGAGAGUAUGUGGGAGCGGAGAUGAGUUAGUCAGCAGACAACUGUGCGCUCAAUCCGGACUGGAGUGACAGAACACAAUACCUGAGCAGACACUGCAAUGAAAAGUAAUAAAGUGAUAGGAGAUAUCUUACCGCUUUAAAAAAUG